CCCCCCCCCCCCCUUGCUUGUUGCCAGUGACACUGAGAGAGCAUGGGGUCUGUGCUCCCGUCCGAGGCGCUGGCGCUGAGAGGCGGCUUCUCGCUGGCAGAGAUGAUCACCUCAGACAUCCUUCACAGCUUUCUGUACGGCAGGUGGAGGAACGUCCUGGGAGAGCAACUUUUCGAGGACCGAAGUAGCAACGGCGGUCAGAAAAUCGCCUUCACCGCCGAGGCACUGGCUCAGUCCUUCACCGGAGACUUGUCCGGAGUCGUUCCGACCAGCACUAAAGCCCUCUUCCCCCCCACCCCCCUCUCCUUCUCUCCGGCCCAGGUUUUUAAUGACGAUGGCACGGUGCGGUAUUUUAUUGAUGCCAGUCAGGAGGACCACAGGAGCUGGAUGACGUACAUCAAAUGCGCCAGGAACGAGCAGGAGCAGAACCUGGAAGUGGUUCAGAUCGGGAAUAACAUUUACUACAAGACCACAGAGACAAUCCCUCCGGACCAGGAGCUGCUGGUCUGGUAUGGAAAUACACAGAACACAUUCCUCGGCAUCCCAGGAGUUCCAGGGCUGGAGGAAGAACAUAGGAAAAAGACUAAAGACGAUGAGCUGAACGCAGGGGACGGUUCUGGGGGCAGCAGCGCGGGACGCAUGCGCUGUGUGAUCUGCUACCGCGGCUUCAAUUCGCGCAGCAACCUGCGCUCGCACAUGCGCAUCCACACGCUGGACAAGCCUUUCAUCUGCCGCUUCUGCAACCGCCGCUUCAGCCAAUCGUCGACGCUGAGGAACCACGUGCGCCUGCACACGGGCGAGCGGCCCUACAAGUGCCAGGUGUGUCAGAGCGCCUACUCCCAGCUGGCUGGACUCCGGGCCCACCAGAAGAGCGCCAGGCACCGACCGCCCCCGGCCUCACUGCAGCCCCACUCCCCGCCUCUGGCAGUGCCACACUCUGCCACCUUGGCGCACCACAUUCCCACCAUGGUGCUGUGACUGGAGGGAAUGGCCAGGCCGAGGGACCCGCUCUAAUCACAUGCGCGCGCACACACACACACA